AUGAUGGAGUCGUCCAUGAAGUUGACCAUUGUGCUACCCUCGAACGAUCAAAGGACGAGCAUCGGCUCCCCCGUCUCCCCCGAAGAACAGAGUCCGAACAUCGACUGCCCUGUCUCCUCAUCCUCCUCCGCUUCCGACGUCAACGACAUCGGGGGCGUCCAGGAAGAAAGCGGCUUGCCCAUGUCCAAGGCGCGAUGCAUUGCCCUCGUCGCAACGGUCACAGGUGCUUCCUUCUUAAAUACCCUCUCCCUCCAGACGGUCGUCAUCAUCCUGCCUAGCAUCUCACGCGAGCUCUCCAUCCCCCAAUGCCGCCAGCAGUGGCUCGUCUCGUCGUACUCCAUCACCUUUGGCUGCUUCCUCCUCCUCUGGGGCCGCAUCGCCGACAUCUACGGCAAGCGCCUGGUUUUCAUCCUCGGCUCCUUCUGGGUUACCAUCAUGACCGUCGUGAAUCCUUUCGUGCCGAAUGAGAUCGCCUUCGACCUUUUUCGGGCACUCCAUGGCCUUGGCGCUGCGGCCAACGUUCCGACCGCCAUUGGCAUUCUUGGUGUCAUCUUCCCACCCGGCAAGGCCAAAAACUAUGCCUUCAGCACCUAUGGUACUUGUUCAAUCUUGAUCAGUCAUGAAACACGAACCGGCUCUCGGCUAACCGUUCAUCUUCCAGCCGCCGGCGCCCCCAUUGGCAGCAUCUUUGGCAACCUGCUGGCAGGCUUCGUUGCCGAGUACGCCAACUGGAAGUGGGUUUUUGUCGUCUCAGCGUUCUUGGCCGGCACCAUCGCCAUUGUCGCAAUAUUUACUAUUCCCAAGGAGCCGCCUUCUAGCCAGCACGAGACUGGAGGCAGAAAUGAGACACACCCCUCCAUCGACUGGGUUGGCGCCACUCUCGUCACCUUGGGCCUUAUCGGCCUCAUGAUUGCUCUCACCGAAGGUAAUCUAGUCGGCUGGUCUACCCCCUGGGUCCCGACCUUGAUGGUCAUCGCACUCAUUGCCGUCGCCCUCUUUGUAUCCUGGCAGAUGUACCUGGAGCGUCGCCUGAACAGCUCCCUCGUCGUAACCAGGAAACCCCGGCCACCCCUCGUCAAAGUCAGCAUCUUCAGCAAUUUUCGCUUCAGUGCCGUCAUGGUUAUUGUCUGCCUAUUCUAUGCCUCCUUCAACAACUACCUCAUCCAAGCAACCUACUUCUUUCAAAACUUUCAGGGCCUGUCCCCUUUCGACACCAUGUUGCGCUUCAUCCCCAUGGGAGUGGGUGGCAUCAUCGUCGCCAUUAUCGUCUCCCAGUUGCUCGGCCGCAUCCCAACCCUCUUUAUUCUCGUCACUGGCAAUCUCGCCGUUUCCAUCGCCUCGCUGCUCUUCGCCCUGCCCAUUCCACCGACAACGUCCUACUACGCCUACGGCCUGCCUGCCAUGCUACUUUCCGUCAUUGGGGUGGACACGACCUGGCCCUGCCUCACCCUCUUUACAUCGCAAGCCUUGCCGCCCGAGGACCAGGCUAUCGGCGGUGCACUCAUAAACGCCGUGGGCCAGUUCGGACGCGCCCUCGGCCUGGCUAUCAGCACCGCCUUGCAGACUUCGGUUUUGGCCAACGGCCGCCACGUCUCGAUCAAGGAUGCUGGUGCAAUGAAGCCUUGGGACCCAGUCACCCUCAACGCCAUGCGUGCCGCCAACUGGAUGAACUUUGCCUUUGGAAUAGCCUCGCUUGCCGUCGUCAUCAUGGCCUUUCGAAGCAUGGAGAUUGUCGGCAAGGCGAGAUCAUCGCUGCUGGUCAGGUCUGGCAGCGGUCAGGAGAAGGGAAAGCAUCGCGAUUGUGACCCCCAUGCGAAUGAAGCCUUCGGAGGGGCGGGCAAUAGAAAAUGA